AUGUCUUCUCUAUCUGUGAACAGUGAACUUGUCUUCUACAUCAAUGGCAAAAAGAUCGUGGAGAAGAAUGCUGAUCCAGAAGAGAUGUUACUGGCUUACCUCAGAAGGAAAGUCGGUCUAACGGGCGCAAAAUAUGGCUGUGGUGGAGGGGGGUGUGGAGCCUGCACUGUGAUGGUGUCCAGAUAUGACCCUCUCCAGGACACCGUGCUUCACUGGUCGGUGAAUGCCUGUCUUCAGCCGAUUUGUUCUCUGCAUGGUGCGGCAGUGGUGACCGUAGAGGGCAUCGGAAGCACCAAGACAAAACUACAUCCAGUUCAGGAGCGUAUAGUAAAGGCUCAUGGGUCUCAGUGUGGCUUCUGUACUCCUGGGAUGGUGAUGUCCAUGUAUACAUUACUGAGAAACAACCCACAUCCCACCAUUGAGGACAUUCGAGAGACACUGGGAGGGAACCUGUGUCGUUGUACGGGAUAUCGACCAAUAAUCGAUGGAUUUAAAACAUUUUGUGAAACUCCAGUUUGCUGCCAAAAUGGUGGUGGCAAUGGAAAAUGUUGCAUGGAAAACGGCAACUCUCACAACGAAUCUGAUAUAUCUGGAGAACUUUUCAUCAUGGAUAAUGUCUUACCCCUGGACCCAACUCAAGAUCUGAUCUUUCCACCAGAGUUACUGAUUAUGGGAAAGAAAAAAGCAGAACGACAUUGUUUCCAGGGUGAAAAGGUCAGGUGGAUUUCACCAUCAGAUCUAAAAGAUUUAAUCAAGCUGAAAGCUGAACACUCUGACGCACCUCUGUUGGUUGGAAACACAACCAUAGGGCCAAAGAUGAAUCUGAACAAAACUGUCCAUCCAUUGGUGAUCUAUGGUGGAAGCAUUGCAGAACUUCAAGCUAUCAAAUGGAGAAAAAAUUGCAUAACUGUAGGGGCAGGAUGCAGUUUGUCUGUUUUGAAGGAUGUUCUUCAGCAAAGAAUUGAGGAUCUUGGACCAGAGAAGAGCAGGGUUUACCAGGCUCUCGUUCAGACACUGCAGUGUUUGGCCGGCAAACAGAUUCGUAACAUGGCUACCAUUGGUGGAAAUAUCCUGAGUGCCAACCCCAAGUAUGACCUGAGCAGCAUUUUAGCAGCAGCUGAGUGUACGCUACACAUUGCUUCAAAAGAUGGUGAUCGAGAGAUUUGUCUAAGUGAGGAGUUUUUCACAGACUUUGGAAAAACAGCUCUACGACCUGAGGAGAUUCUGCUGGCUAUUGACAUUCCUCAUUCAAAGCCGUGGGAGUUUGUGUCCGCAUUUCGCCAGGCACAGCGCAGAGAGUUCGCUUUCUCCAUAGUGAAUGCUGGUAUGAGAGUGGCAUUCAGACAUGAUUCAAAUGUGGUGGAGCAUCUGGAUAUUUUUUAUGGAGGCGUGGGUUGCACUCUGGUAAAAGCCAGACACACCUGUAAGGAACUGAUUGGAAGAAAAUGGGAUGAGAAACUUCUGGCAGAGGGAACACAGCUCUUAGAAGAAGAAAUCUCGGUACCCGCUACUGUCCCUGGUGGACGGGAAGAAUAUCGCAAAGCUCUAGUGCUCAGUUUCUUUUUCAAGUUUUACAUGCAAGUGUUGCUGGAGCUUCAACAAAGGGAGGUUGGCGUGAAUGAUCUCCCAUUAGAGUAUCUCAGCGCAUUAAAACCCUUCAAAAAUGAAGUGCCGCAAGGAAAUUACUCUUACCAACUUGUACCAGAGACUCAGUCCUCUAGUGACCCAGUAGGACGUCCCAACGUACACCUGGCAGCGCUCCAGCAGGCUACAGGAGAAGCUGUGUAUUAUGAUGACAUCCCAUCUGUUAAAGGAGAACUGUUUGUUUCCAUGGUAACCAGCACCCGGGCUCAUGCAAAGAUCAUCUCUAUAGAUGCAUCAGUGGCUCUAGCUAUGCCUGGAGUGGUUGACUUCAUCUCUGCUAAGGAUGUUCCUGGGCAGAAUCGAAGACUCUGGUUCAACAAUCCUGAGGAACUUUUUGCAGAAGAGGAGGUCAUUUGUGUGGGGCAGAUUAUUGGUGCGAUUGUAGCUGAGACUAGAGAACAAGCUAAACGAGCAGCUCAGCAAGUAGACAUUACUUACCAGGAUAUGCAACCUGUCUUUUUCACAAUUGAGGAGGCUAUUGAACACGAGUCAUUUUUUGACCCCAAGAGAAAGCUGGAAAGAGGAAAUGUGGAAGAAGGUUUUGCAAAGGCAGACCAAAUUCUAGAGGGUGAGAUGUAUAUGGGUGGCCAGGAACACUUCUACAUGGAAACUCAGGGAGUGAUUGCAAUUCCUACAGGAGAAGCAAGUGAAAUUGAGCUAUAUGUUGCCAGUCAGCAUGCAGCUUACACUCAGGAAGUGGUGGGAAUCACUCUCGGCAUUGACUCCAACAAGAUCACGUGUCAUGUAAAGAGGCUGGGAGGUGGUUUUGGUGGUAAAGUCAUGAAGAUUGCAUCAUUAUCUGCUAUCGCUGCUACGGCUGCCAUAAAGACUGGCCAUGCUGUGCGAUGUGUACUAGAACGUGGAGAUGACAUGCUCAUCACCAGUGGAAGAUCUCCUUUCUUGGGGAGGUACAAGAUUGGCUAUAUGAAUGACGGAACAAUCCUGGCUGCUGAUAUCACAUACUACAGUAAUGGAGGAUGCACUCUUGAUGAAUCCUCUUUUAUUAUGGAGAAAGCUCUUCUUCACAUGGAUAAUGGCUACAAGAUCCCUAAUCUACGUGGACGUGGACUGGUGUGCAAGACCUUCUUACCUUCAUACACAGCCUUCCGUGGAUUUGGUGGACCUCAAGGGUUGACCAUUAUUGAGAGUGUGCUACAUGAGGUGGCGGUCAAGUGUGGCCUACCUGCACAUCAGGUAAGAGACAUCAAUUUGUACAAGGAGGAGAAAUGCUUUACCCACCACAAGCAGCUGUUUUCCCCUCAUGAUAUGGUGCGCUGCUGGAACGAGUGUCUAGAGAAGUCCAACUACACCCAACGAUGCCAGUACAUCGAGCAGUUUAACGGCCACAACCAUUGGAAGAAGCGAGGGAUUUCCAUUGUCCCUAUAAAGUUUGGAAUCGGAUUCUCGAAGGGCUUCUAUAACCAGGGAGCAGCAUUGGUGAACGUCUACAAAGAUGGAUCAGUUGUGAUUUCUCAUGGAGGAACUGAGAUGGGUCAAGGUAUCAACACCAAAGCCAUACAGAUUGCAAGCCGCAUUCUGAAGGUUUCAAUGUCCUCGAUCCACAUCAAAGAGACUUGUACUGGAAAUGUGCCCAAUGCUGCACCAUCCGCGGCAUCUUUCGGCACAGAUGCUGUUGGGAUGGCGGUCAAGAAUGGUUGUGAGAAACUAAUGAGACGUCUAGAGCCACUCAUUAAGAAACAUCCCCAAUACACAUGGCAACAACUGGUGGUGGAAGCUUACUGCCAGAAGAUUAGUUUGUCAGCAACUGGUUUCUUUAUGGGCCCCCACACCAGCGUUGACUGGGAGAAGAGUGAGGGCAAUGCGUACUAUUACUUUACUUUUGGGGCCUGUUGCUCAGAGGUGGAAAUUGAUUGCUUGACAGGAGAUCACAAGAACAUUAGGACUGACAUUGUGAUGGAUGUUGGUCGGAGCAUAAAUCCUGCUUUGGACGUCGGACAGGUUGAGGGUGGUUUUGUCCAGGGCAUUGGACUCUAUACUAUAGAGGAGUUGCAGUUUUCUCCGCAGGGUGUUUUGUUGACCAGAGGACCCUCGCAGUACAAAAUUCCAGCUCUGUGUGACGUCCCUCCUCAAAUUAAUGUCCAUCUCCUGAGAAAUGCUGACAAUCCUCAUGCCAUCUACUCCUCAAAGGGCAUUGGAGAACCCCCAGUAUUUUUUGGCUGUACUUUAUUCUUCGCCAUUAAAGAAGCGAUUGCCGCCGCACGGAAAGAGAGAGGCCUGAGCGAAAGUUUCUCUUUCUCUUCUCCUGCCACUGCAGAGAAGAUACGCAUGGCCUGUGAAGACUGCUUCACCAGAAUGAUUCCACAAGACAAGAAAGUAAAAACCAAACCGUGGGCCAUCAACGUGUGA